UUUAUUUAUAUAUAUAUAUUUAUUAUUAUAUAUAUUUAUAUAAAACGGAUUUGGGCCAAGACCCAUUUGGCCAUUGAAUGCAAAACUUGAGUCUUUUCCAUUGUUUAUGCUUCUCCUUUUAUGCAUGGUGGCUCUCACCACUCUUUGAUCGAUCAGUUUGUUUAGCAGCAUAAAACCCUGCAAACUUCAUCUUGGACUAUUCAAAUUCUUGAAGAAGGCAGGAGUCUUGUCUUUUGUUUAUAUCUUUGGCCUUCAUCAACAUAUGCCUUAAUUUUUUAAUAUUUGCAAGGAGAUUUGACAUCACAAGAUUCAACUAAAGCUAAAACCAAUGGCAAGUGAGUCAAGGACACCUUUAUUAACUCAAAGCCAAAGGGAAGGAUCUAGCUUUCUAAAGGCAUGUUUCAAUGGAACAAAUGCUUUUCUGGGAAUUGGUCUGCUUACAGUUCCCUAUGCUCUCUCAAGUGGAGGAUGGCUGAGUUUAGGGUUGUUUUUCCUAGUUACCAUGAUGACCUUUUACACUGGAAUCUUACUCAAGACAUGUAUGGAUACUGAUCCAACAGUUAAAAGCUACUUAGACAUAGCGGAGAGAGCCUUUGGGAAAAAAGGAAGAUUCAUAGUGAUGAUGAUCAUGAACUCAGAGCUGUACUUAGUUGGCAUAGGACUGUUGAUCCUAGAAAGUGACAACUUAAAGAAGCUGUUUCCAAACUUCAUGAUCAGGAUUGGAGAAGUGAUGGUGAUUGAGUGCCGCCAAUCAUUUGUGCUGAUCACUGCUUUGGUGAUCUUGCCAUCUAUGCUGCUGACUGACUUGAGCAUACUCUCUUAUGUGUCUGCAACUGGAGUCUUUUCUUGCCUUAUAAUUCUUGGCUCCAUUUUCUGUGUUGGUGCCUUUGGAGGAGUUGGGUUUCAUGAAAAAGGGUCUUUACUUAAACUCACUGGCUUACCUACUGCUGUGAGCUUGUACAUAGUUUGCUUUGCAGGACACCCAGUUAUCCCUUCUAUCUACACUUCAAUGAAAAACAAACACCAAUUCACUCAGGUAUUACUAUUCAGCUUUAUUCUCACAACUUUCACUUACUUAUUGACCUCUUGUGUAAGCUAUGUUAUGUAUGGAGAAAGUGUUGAGUCACAAAUCACACUCAACUUACCAACCAAAUUGAUCAGUUCACAAGUUGCAAUCUACACCACUCUGUUAAUUCCAGUUACUAGGUAUGCUUUGAUGUUAACCCCAGUUGCCAAUGCCAUUGAAGGAGGGCUUUCAAUGGAUAACAAGAACUCUAGGAAAGUUCAAUUACUUGUUAGGAUGGUGUUACUAGUAAGUACCACAAUGAUAGCUUAUGUAUUCCCAUAUUUUGAGACUCUGAUGGCCAUUGUUGGUUCUAUUUUUGUAGCACUUGGUUCAUUUGUGCUCCCUAGUCUUUGUUACUUGAAAAUUUCAUCUUCUUACAGAAGUUGGAAUUUUGAGUUGGUUGGGAAUGUGGCAAUAGUUUUGUUUGCAACUCUAGCUGGAGUUUUAGGGACUUAUUCAUCUAUAGCUGAACUUGUGCACAAUUAUUGAACCACUUAUCAAGUGGGUUUUAUUAGUUUAUGAAAUUAUAUGUGCAUUUGUCUA